UGUCACUCAAGCGGCUGUUGAUUCUUUAUCGGCACUGAUCCACUCGCGUCAUUGCUUCUGAUCUUCCUUCCAGCUUCUAACCACUCCCCUCCCCGAACCUAUUGCCCUGGCUCAUUCGCCCCAAAUGGCAGCAACGCAGAAGCUUUAUCCUCGCGCCACGGUGAAGCGUGUCGUUAAAGCGCAUUCGAAUCGUAACGUGAGCAAGAACGCUGAUAUCUUGAUCUUCCUGGAUUAUAUGUUGUUCAUGCAAGAAUUGAUGCGGGAAUCAUCGAUUCAGUCGCGGAAGGUGGGAGAGAAGAACAUAUCGCCGAAUUCAGUGCGCAAAGUGACCGAGAAAACGCUACGGAAGUUCAAGGGCUAGAUUGAUGGCAGAGCAAAGCUGCCUUGAAUACAAAAUCGCACCAUUGCCAGCGCGCGACCGGAGCAUAUCUCUGAUCAGCUCUGUGGGGGUUGUGCUACAUGGGUGGUUGUUGAGCUUGGCCUAGAUUCACGAUCCACUCUCUUGGGACCGUGACUGCUCGUCCAUGCCUCUAGUGAAUUUUAUUGUUAUGGAGAGAGGAAUGGGCUCACAAAGUCCAGGCGAUUCGGGUUUAUAUAGGCGUUAUUCAGGAGUCACUCGGUUGAUACCCAAUGCAUGGAUUGUUCUACAUCAGGAAGACC